UGUGAAAUUUUAUGACUAAAAUUGACCUUCUAUAAACUGGGUCUCUAAAUGAAACUCAUAGUAGUACAAGCAAUUAAUAUUUGAAGUUUCGUCGUUGCUGCCCUCUCCUUCCCCUUCAGCGUCCCCAAUCGAAGAACUCGCUUAGCAAACUGAAUAAACAGACUUGACGCGCCUGCCCGGCUUAGAAGGUUAUCCCAACACCCACCCAAGUGAAAGAAUGUGUUGUAAAAAAUCACCUCGAUAAAUCCGCUGGCAUGAUACCCAUAUCCCAUCUUAGGCCUAAAACUACAAUACCCCAAUAAUGGCGAACCCAGUGCAGCUGCGGGUCAUCGCCGAAAAGACCCUGUACUCCCCCGCCAACCCCGACCUGCUGGCCUACAGCCCGUCCAUGGAAUUAUUGGCCGUCGGCGGCGCAGACCACAAUGUCCUCAUAUACCGUCUUAAUGGGCAGCGGGUGUUUAGCUUGAGUCAGAAGGUGAAGGACGUUGUGUUGGAGCUGCAGAAAUUGGUGUGGAAGCCCAAUGGCCAACUAAUCGCCAUUGCCUGGAGCGGUGGGACCGUUCGGUUGAUAGGCGCCGAGAGUAAUAAGACGGUGCAUCAGAUCACUGUAUCAGAGGAAGGAGACACGGAAGUCACGUGUUUAGCCUGGACAUCGUACUCGGCGGCGUCAACGUCCCUAGGAGAUAUCCUCGCCGAGGCCGGGCCAUUGUGGAAAGAUGCUACUAGGAACGGGUUGAAAGGGAAGAGUGCCCAGCUGCUCGACCUCCCUCGAGAUCUAGCCGCCAUAGACAUCGAAUCGAGCCUACCCAAGCUCAGCGUCCUACCCAGCGGGGGAACUACCGAAGACAUCUUCAGUUCCCGCGCCUCCCUCGACGCCCUCUUCCGCCCCUUCGACCCCAAAGACAACGACUCCAUCUCCAUAAUGGUCGUCGGCACUUCUUCCGGCCACAUCCACCUCACCAUCUUCGACUCCUUCGUCAUCGGCACCUUCCCCUCGCCCCUCAAGUCCUCCAAGACCUCUCGGCACCAACUGAUCCGGCACGCCUCGCACCCUCAUCACGCUGUCCAUGGAUUUCUCAUGAAAUCCACAUCCACCUUAGUUGGCGGCCUCUACUUCGUCCCGAUGCAUCUGGGGUUCUUGACGAGCGAGAGGAGCGAUUUAUCGCUGCUGGCGUCGCGGUCGAGCGCGUUGCAGAAUUUGUUGAGGUAUAUACAUCAGGUUCAGACGCUGAUGGCGGCCGAGUACCAGGCUACGCAGGAUUUACCCUCGAGGUUUUUGGGGAAUAUAGAUGAGACCCUCGCUGAACAUGGGGAUUGGACUAUAGCACCCGCUCUGUACCAUCAGGUCGUCACCGGGCACACACUCCCAGAAGUCAAGGAAUGGCUCGUCGACGAACUCGCCGAACGCGGCCACAAACGCUGGGACAAAGCCCUCACAACUGCCCACACCACCCUCCUCAAACUAACCCACACCCACCUCCUCCCCGCCCUCGAGCGCGCCUCCCUCCUCCUCUCGCGCCUCCACGGCCUCGCAUCAUACCACCACCCCUCCACCCCUCUCGGCUUUUCCCCAAAGCAGAUCAAGAACUUACUUGAUACGGUGGCGGCGCUGAAUUUGGUGGCGACGAGAGUGCUUGCCACGACGGUGGGGGAGGUGGAGGGGUGGGCCGCGUUUGGGGGGUGGGUAAGGGGGGAGAUUGAUCGGUUGGCUGCGGGGGAGUCGGCGGCGGGGGCUGGUGAUGAUAAGGAGGCUGCGACGGUACCGACUGCUAAGAUCCUCGAAUACAUACAAGGAUCAUUGACGGCCUCGCCGCUGGCACCAUUUUUCACCCCACUCGAUGCCGGGGCUGGUGAAUCGCAUACCGCGGCGCUAGAAUCUACUACCCCACUCUUCCCGAUAAUGGCAACAGCGCUCAACUCCCCAGACCCGACGAACGAGUUUCACACCGCGCUCCCAAAUAUCGCAGCACUAACCGCACACCUCGCGACACAGGCCCAGGCCGUCUCUUGCGGGAUCGCGGAUGCUGAGAAGCGGAAUGUGAGGUUCGGGGAUGCGGUGGAGGUUGAUGUGCCGAAGGAGGUGUUCGGGGAUGAGGGGAGGGUGGAUAUGCGGAUGUGUUCUGGAGAGGGAGGGGAGGGGGUGGUGUAUAUCGCCACCUCCGCCUCCAAAUCCCCCACCGUGUCGAUACAGCGAAUCUCACUACCCCUUGGCGAGGAGGGGAGCUCAGCCACCACCAGCGUAAAGGUUGAUGUCGGUGGUGCGGUGAAAGAUAUCGCGUUCUUGGAUGAGGAGGUGCUAUUAGCUCUCAUCGACGCCACAGAACCCAAAGAUGGAGUCUACAUCCUAGCCCUCCCCUUCCUACCGCUCCCAUACGCCACUAAACCCUCUGCAGUUCAGGGGAGGGGGAGGAGGUUUAGAGUCAAGGAGGGCGCGGAGAGGGUUAGAGUGGGGGGAGGGAGGGUGGUUGUUGUCGGGAAAGGGGGGGUGAAGGUUUUGAAGGUUAAAGGGGAGGUGUGGGGGGAGGGAGAGGGGGGGUGGAGGAGGUAG